AUGCUCCCCCACUCCGCCGACCCGGGCCUGCCUCCCCCCUCGUCGACCGCCUCCUUCUGGCACACGGAGCCCUCCCCCUUCCUGCACAACCACCGCACAACGCCCACCGUCCCCACCGACGCCGACAUCGUCAUCAUCGGGUCCGGGCUCGCCGGCGCCACCACCGCCCGCUACCUCUACGAGUCCGCCUCUACCGCCUCUACCGCCGCCGCCGCCGUCGUCAUGCUCGAGGCGCGCCAGGCCUGCUGGGGCGCCACCGGCCGCAACGGCGGCCACUGCAAGGCCUCGCUGUACACGCUGUCGCGCCUCCCGGAGCUCGCAACAACGCUGGGCUACGACCAGCUCACGAAGCUCAUGGCGUUCCAGCAGCUCAACGUGGGUCUGGUCACCGAGUACGUGCGCGGCGAGGCCGUGGACUGCGACUUCAAGGCCAUGGACAGCUGCGACGCCUUCUUCACGGAGCACAACUUCCGCGCCGCGCGGGAGAGCAUCGAUGUGCUGCGCAAGCGCAUGCCGGAGUACUCGGGGCGGCUGCGGGUCGUGACGCGCGACACCACGGAGGGGCGGAGGAUCCUCGCGCAGGAGACGAGGACGCCGACGGCCGUGGGAGCGGUGCUGUCGAGCGCGGCCUGCCUCUGGCCGUACAAGCUGGUGGCGCACAUGCUGGAGCGCGCGGUGGGCGAGCGCGGGAUGAACCUGCAGACGUGCACGCCGGCGCUGUCGGUGGUGCGGAACACGGCGCCGGGGAGUGCGCGCAAGUGGACGGUCAUCACGGCGCGCGGGAACAUCAACACGGACAAGGUCGUGUUUGCCACGAAUGCCCACACGGCUCACCUCCUCCCCGCGUUCAAGGGCCACAUCUACCCCGUGCGCGGGCAGAUGUCGGCCCUGGUCCCGCCAAAGUCGAUGAUUGACCGCCCGCUCACGCACACUUACCGCCUGGUGGGCAAGGACGGCAUGAUGGACCAGUACCUCAUCCAGCGGCCCAUCCAGCCCGACGGCUCCGGCGGCGAGCUCAUGCUCGGCGGGGGGCGCUCCCUCGCGGCCGGCUUCGGCGAGGGCCGCAUGGACGGCGCCAUCGACCCCCCCGUCGCCCGCUACCUGCGUCGAGCACCAGCCGAGUUCUUCGCCGGCGAGACCGGCUUCCCCGGUGAGGCCGUCGUCGGCGGCCUCGAGAAGAGCCUCGUCAGUAGGUUCCGCCGCCUCACCAUCGACGCGGUGGUGGGCAGCCAGCUGCGCUUUUGGGAUGCAGCGGAGGGGAUCGGAUGUGAUGAUGGCGAGGAGGACUCGGACUCGGGGUCGGAGUAUGAUGACGACAACUCGGAGAGCAUCACGCAGGACUCGCAGGGGAGCCGCGAGUGCGUGGCGAAGUAUGAGUGGUCGGGCGUGAUGGGCUUUAGCAGUGAUGAGAUGCCGUGGGUUGGGAAGGUGCCGGCGCUGACGGCGGAGGAGGCGCGGGCCCGCGGGCUGGAGGGACGGGAGGCGGUGAUGGAGACGGAGGGGCUGUGGAUGCUGGCGGGCUUUGAGGGGCAUGGAAUGGCCUACUGUACGGGGGCCGCAAAGGCGCUGGUGCAGAUGAUGGCCGGCAAGCAGCCAUACGACUUCUUCCCCGAGUGUCUCGAGGCCUCACGGCAGCGCAUGGGUCUCGCGCCAGAAGAGGACUCGGAGUCCGACGAGGAGGAGGUCGACGCCGAGGAGGAAGUGGAGGAGGAGGUCGAUAUCGACGAGAGCAAGGUCGACAUCAGGUGGGAGGACCUGGAGAAGGAUGAGGAGAGCGAGUGGGUCGUUGUUUGA